AUGUAUAGGCCCGGUACAGGAGGUUAUGGGGAUGAAGAUCGCUACGGAAUUAGAGAUGAUGACCGAAAUGGUUACAGGAGAGAGAGAGAAUAUGGCUAUAAGGAUGAUGACGGAAACAGUAGAGGUGGUGAUUCAUACAGUAGCAAUGAAGACCGUUAUGGUAGAGAUUAUGAUGGUGGUUACAUGGACGAUGAUUAUAAUAGAGUAAGAAGUCGAAGUAAUGAAGACUUUCAGUUUGGCCAAAUAAGUAGGAGUUCUGAUAGAUACAUGGUAUGUGGUUAUGAUGACGAUGGUCGUCAUUCAUCAAGGAAUGCUAUUACUUUUCAGUUACUUAUAUUUUGGUUAAGGAAGAUUCAAGACAUUUAG